GUGAACUCCCUUCGGCUCAAUAUUCUCGUGUGAAGCUUCCGGGGGUCGCGCUUUUGACCCCUGGAUCUGGAUCUGGGUCUGGAUCCCACUAUUAGCUCCUCGCACGCGCUGGAGGGGUCACGGCUGGUGCCCCCCUCCGACGGAAAUGCAAAUUGCGAACCGGCUUUUGUUUAAUUUCUCUCCUUCAAAACGUCACAAUUGUGGGUCUAGAAACGGUGAACCCCUCGUUUUUGCGUAACAGUUCUACGUCAUCGUGGUGUAGGAGGGGGAGGAAGCCGUCAGCAUCCCUGCUGAACGCAUCUUCACGCAGGCUAAAAAUAUCCUCGCAGGUUAUUAGCCUCCCAGGAUCAAUAGUCUCGGGCAGAAACGCUGAAAACCAAAAUAAACUGUUUCCCUGUCCCUCGCUGCGCAGGCACGUCACUGCAAACUAAAAUAACUCAUUAAGAGGCAGAUGUUGAAGGGCGGCUAUUUUCAGUUAAACCCAGCCUGUGAUGCGGUUGGAGUUGGCAGUGAAAGUGAGAUGAAUUGGACUGAGACUGAUGCUGACUCCUGCCCUGGUUUAGAAUCCAAAAUAGGUGCAGAAAGUGUGCUGGGAAGAGCAGGCUCAUCUAGGGCAGCUGCCAGCCGAGGGACGCCUCACCCUACCAGAGCAUAUAGUCGGAUCCUGGCCGCCUUGAGGGGCCCGGGACUGCAGAGCAUGUGUUGGUGGCAGGGUGGAUGUCAGCUGUCAGUGAUCGCACACCCGGGCCCGACAGAGCAGGCCGGAGGAUCCGAAGCAUCAUGACUGAUGACUGGGGUUGGGCAGGACCAGGGACCUGCUGUCGUCACUCCGAGUAGCCUCCCUCACAUCUUGUUUUUGAGUGAAGGGGUUGUUAGUGCCCUGCUUUGAACCAGAAUGGUGCCGUUCGGUUUCUGACCAUGAUUCAAGAUGGACACAAUGGAGCAUCUUUGUGCUUUGAUCAUGGAGGACCUUACAUCACAGCAUUCCAGCGCAUUCUGUCCCGUGGCUGGCAGAUAUUUAUUAUUGAUGGCGAGGAGGUGACGGUGUGUGUAAUCUCAUUAAGCAUUUCAUCCUGGCAUAUAUGUGUUUGCUUGGCUGGAGGGAUAAAAAUAGUCCUGUACGAGAGCUGCAUUUUCAUGUAUACAUAAUGACACUCACAGUCGGACAAACGCACGGCAGAGGGCCCGGACGUUACGCUGACUUAAACGUACAUAGCUCAUGACCGGUCCCCUCACAAGGCUCCGCGUCUUCAUCAUGGUUCUACAUCAUCAUCAUCCUCCUCCUCCUUGUGAGCUCAGAUCGUCGCGAUGAAAGGUCCAACUCCAUCUUAGAAGAGGUUCUUCUGUCUCCAUGGUGACAGGAGAAGUGGACCUCACAACCCUAUAGUUCUACUGUUGGUAUCACCCCGUUCAGCUCAGUCCAGGAACUGCACACCAUGGCUCUACAGUCUCAAACCAAAGAGUGAUGUCAUCAACACGCAACGUGUUUAAGCGGGCCAGACUCACCAGGUUCAUCAUUUGUGAAUAGAAAUCAUCCCCGCUUUUCAAACCUUCAUCCGAAGUGAGAUUUGAUGGUGUUUGGGUGUGAAGAAGUGGCGAUGACCUUUGACCUUUGUGGCCCCACCAUUACGGCUUCGUUCUUCAGUUCAUGCAUUUGGCGAUACAUUUCCUCAGAUCCCCUCGAUUGGGUGUCUGAGGUUAAAAAGUCAGCGACUUGGCUCCCAAACCUGCGCAGCCACUGCAUGACCUGGGAUCACAUCCUAAUCUCUUACUUACUUACUCGCAGUUGGCUCCCGUGAGACUCAGACACACGUCGCCUGGAGAAUUAGCUGCUCCCUGCAGGUUGCUGACCCUUCCAGAAUCAACUGUUUGGCGAAGUGGAACUGCUGAAGCCUGCGAUCGACCCGAUAAUACACAAUCAUUGCACUCGCGCUUUCCAUGAGACGCGUGUUUACCGACAAGUUCAGUGGAAUCAGGAUGGGCUGAAAGCUCCGUCUGCCAUUUUAAUAGGUCAUUUUCCCGUCUGGCUUUAAGGAAGCGCUUCACAUCCUCGUUUAUAAAUAACUCCAGCUCACGGCUGAAGCUUUCCAUAGAAAAUUAACCCCUUUGUUUCCUCCCUGCGCGCGCUCCAUUCGCCUGCUGCACAUUUGGCUGCAGAUGCACGUUGGCUGGGCUCCACGUGGAAGUUUAUCUUUGGAAACCCAGCCAGACACUAAUGGCUUCAGAUGAUUGGAACGUGAAGAGGGCUGAUUGCUAUUCAAACCCCCUCCCCUUUAUUUGGAGUCUAAAUCGAAUCCGGGACAAAUCCAGCGGUAAAAGAGUCAAUUUGAUUGUGCCGCUCCUGAUGGCUGUUCAGGAAGUUAGAUUAGAGUCCUAUUAUUGGAAGGCUGGGAGCUUCCGAUUGAAAGGGUGAGUGGCUGACGCUACAUUACUCACGGUGUGGUGCGAUCGCUGAGUUUAAGUGUUUAAGGGUGGAAGAGAGGAGGGCUGGAAAGAGCGAGCGAGGAGAGGAGAGAUGGAAACAUAGCAGGGGCAUCAAAGUUGGAUAGAAGAACCCUCCGCUUUCCUCUCACAGUCAAACUAACCAGAGUCUCUUGGUCUGUGAUGGACCUGCAGACGCGUCCAGGCUGCCCCCCACCUUUUCCCCCCCGAGUAGAAGAGGAUCAUAAUGAAUAACUGAAUGUCAAGCCACAUGUGUUGACAGGAGCUUGGUUAGAUGAUCGCUUCCUGCUGAUGACCAGAAUAUAGACACUGACUGAAGUUAUAAAUCAUACAUUUUGAUGAGUGCCAAUAAAUGUAUGGUUAAUAAAUGUUUCAUUAUCAGACGGUGAGAUUUCAAAUCAAAUACAUUGUUUUGAAUGCUGAAAAGCUUAUAGCGUUAAAGACAGAUCCAAAAACUUAGUUAACAUUUGACAAAAAAUAACUAUAUUCCAGUUCAAUAACAAAUCAACGUACAUAUCAAACCUGAUCCCUCCCCCCUCCCUCUACCAACAAGGAGACUAGUGACCCCAGAAUACACGUAUUUAAUAGUAUAAGCAGAUGAUUCAUUCUUUUUUUAAUGAGCCGAAUAAAAAAAAACAUCUAAUUUUCCAAUAAGAUAUAUUAAAAUUGAUUGAUUGAUUGAUUUUUUUAGGGGCACUAAACCGAACACUUAACUCCGGUCUGACCACGGAUUUAUUUCCCGAGACUCGAGACUUCCCGAGAUGAUGUUCAAUAACGUGACAGAUGUUUGCACCUUGGAGACAAACACUAUGGCAAAUGUCAGCAUCAGAAACACGUGAUGAAAUAUGUUACAUUGAGCUGAGAAAUCCCACCAAACACGCCUUAAGAGGAUUGGCAGACUACUGUCGUGAAUCUGCUGUCUUUCAUAACAUCUCGUUGUCAGCUUCAGUCGAUCUUCUCAGCUAAUGUUGCAGAGACAUGUGCGCCGUGGAACCUUAAAAAAGGAAGCUUGUUUUGUGGUCCGCCCACUUUCAGCAUUCUGUCAAGGUCAGCCACAAACACCUCUGUGUAGAGGCGCUGCACAUCACGUUUCACGUCUUCUGCGGGGACACGUCUCGUCUUGAAGUCGCUUUCAAGCUGGAUGGGGAAACUCUUUCUGUCUGGAUGUGAUAAUUACAGUUUGUUUGACACCUCUAUACAUCAGUUGUCGUAGCAACAAGGCAGAUGGAUUUCUCUUCUGUUGCAGUCGGCUCACUGGAGCGCUGCUCCUUUCUCUUACUUGAGCUCAGAACCCCAAAGACAUUUUCUUUAUGACUCCCUGUUUUUGAUGUUAAAUCGCUGUGAAUUAGCCGCAGCAGACUGUGGGUGAUACAAAUGAUCGUGUAAUAACAUUACGACCACUGGCCAGCAGAGAUGUUGGCUCGAGCCAGACUCUUCUGAUGACUCAACACUCGCCUCGUAAACAAAAGUGAAGACUUGCCACACGUUUUUAGCAACAAUGACUCAGGCUUGACUUUGACUUGAGCCUCAAGGGUUGACGCUAACCCACUUUAGCAAACAAGUGUCGCAAAUAUUUUUACAUUCGGCGAGUCUGAACUGAGCACGGACCCGAGUCUCAGAGAUGCAGCUUUUUCUUCCGUAUAAAUGGAAACGCUUGUCCUCCUGAGACUUGCUGUUGUAAACGGAGAGACACUUCAGGAGUCCCACACAAUAGAUCCUGGCACUGGGUGCAGGAAUUCUCAUUCAUUUUCCCGCUACUGCCGGCUGACAGGAAAAUGGAGCCGAUCCCAGCUCCAUCCUGUAAAUGGUGGAGGGUGGGGGGGCUCACCAGCCUGCUGCCGGUCACGGGAAGCCCCACAUCGCGUUGCGGAUGCAGCUGGAGUUUAUAUUGAAUUCAUCCAAAUGAGUUUAUAUUUUGAAAGCAUUACAUCAUAUCAAAUAUUUGUUUUUGUAAAUCAUCUCAGCAAAUCCUAAUCUUACUAGAUCACUGAUCCGUCAAACUCCAGGCCUGGGGGCCAACGGUGGCCCACCUUGUUGUUUGAUGUGAGCUGUAGAUGUCCAUCGAUGUCCCCAGAUGGUGUGAUUUCCUGACCUCAGAGGAUGGCAGUGUUCACAGGCUCGCACAGGGCUGGGAAACACAGGAGCCACAAUGUUUACUGUAGCUGUCGGGGGUUGUCAAGCCCAGGAUGGGUGAUGAGCUGCUGUAUGAUUAAGAAUAUGAUUACUGCUGAUAUGCUGCAAAUACACACAUGACUUAAGUAGUUUAUUUAUGGUAAAAACCGUGACCUUGGACUGUGUAUUAUUUCAUAUAAUUUCCAUCUUUUUUUACGUCAUAGGAGAACGAUGGAUAAGAUAUGCUUUAAAAUCGUAACUUAUUUUUAGAAACUAGACGAGAAAAAAUAUACAAACCUUCAGUCAAACAGAUUUCUAACAAAACUUUUUGAAAGAUCCUGCAGAUGGAAGUGGGUGAAUGUGUGGUUCUGAAGGACGACAACCAGAGGUUUUUUCAUCAAAGAAUGGAUUUGAUUUCCUGUUAAAGCAGAGCCAGUUUGGCUUCACAAAGUCAGUUUUUUUAUAGCACGCAAUUCAAAAAGUUUUUUUUGGUCGACCCACUGCUGAGCGUCUCUUGAGCUAAUGGUUGCGCUAAACAACACAGGCUGAUUGACGACUGCAUCAGUUGUUGGUGGCUGGUUCUUCAGCUUCAGUUUCUUUGGCGUUGCGACGCUGCGUGUUGCUGUAAUUCCUUCGGUCAUGUUUGAUUUAACAUUUGUGUCAGCGUGUGUGUGUGUGUGCGUGUGCGUGUGCGUGUGCGUGUGCGUGUGUGUGUGUGUUGGGGGCAUCCGACACGACCGUCUCCUGUAGCUGAGAGUGUAAUGACAGUUUUGCAGGCAGCAGGUCUGGUGAUUCAUCUCAACAUGUCAUUAGUUUGUCUCCGGGUUGAACAGCUAAUAAUAGACUGGUGUGUGAAGAGAGAUCCCCUCUUUGUGUUAAUGGGCGGUGGGUGAAACACUUAGAGGGGGUGAGCACGCAGCCCGUGGGACGUCUUUGAAUAUUUCAUUGUAUUUACAUGCAGUAGAAUGUCCAUCAAUAUUAAUGUAGUAGCCACAGCGCUGCAGCACAGUGAUUCAUCCAGAAGUAUCUGCUGUAGUUGAACGUAAAAUGUGAUCAGUCGGCGACGUGCGGAGCCGCUGGUGCCGGCACCGCUCAUUAGAAUCUAGGGAAAUGGACACAUUAUAAUGCCAUGUUAUGUAAUAAUGCUGCAUCAAGUGUUAUGUAAUGAUGCUACCUCAUCAGAAGGAGAAUUUUGUCGUCAUGUAAUUUAUGACUUUUUUUUUUCUGCCAGUGAUUUGUAAUAAUGGUCGUAUUUGUGUCUUAUUGGUGCUUCUGGUCUCACUGGGCAUAGAUUCGGGCGGGUGACAAGCUGGUUGUGAGAGGGGGUGGAGCAGCCUGGCCUUUCGGGAGGGACUCGGAGUAGAGCUGCAGCCCGUCGACCUCUAGAGGAGACGUUGAAGUGGCUGAGGUAUCUUCUUGUGUCUGACUGGGAGGAGGCCCAGGGGCAGAUGAGCUGGGGGUUUCUUGAGAUGAGCUCUAAAAUGACAUAUUUUAAUGGUUUAAAAUGACAACAGGAACUGAGAUGUGCAACGUCAGUGCAGGUUUUAUCUAUUCCAUCUAUUAUUAUAAGCGUCAAAGCACUCUGAUUUCCUCCCAGAGAGCUCCAAAUUCUCCCUAUGAUGUGAGUACAGGGCUGGUGGUGACCAGUCCAAGUCGAACUCAUUUCAUGUAAAUGGCGGCAGAAUUGAUGCGAGUAUUUCUGGCUCGACACGAUUGAGCCUGGAUAGAAUGUGGAGGAUUACGUCACCAGGUCAAAGGCUGUUGAAUCCGAGCCAAAAUGAAGCAUGUGGUGGACGUCCCACGACGACCUCUCUGAGGGGAACAGCUGACUCACAUGCAACACGGUGGUUUUUAUCUUGCCAGCGUCUGUUCGUGUUCGCUCUGGAUGGAAAUCUGCAAUAUGAAAAUCUGAAUCAACUUUUUCCCAGGGGUUUUGCAUACAAGGAAAUUGAGGCUGGGCGUUUGAAGGAUGGCAAGUGUGUGAUCAUCUGCAGCAGUGUGUUUGCUGUACAGGGACAGAAAGGGCUGCUCGCAUGCGGAAAGGGGUCAAGGUCAGCUGGGUUUUUGAUGCCAAAUCAGAAACGGUGUCUGCAGAGACACGACUAAACCUAGCAGCUUCCCAUUUAUAGCGGAGAAGGCAGCUACUGGUCAAAGACAGAACCGUUGUGAUGCACUGCAAAUUAGAGAACGCCACGUAACAAAGGUUGCAGACAUCAUGGGGCGUUGUGCUUCAUAUAAGCACCUUAAGCUUGGUGCUUUUUCAUUUGGUAAUCGACUGCCAUUAGCCUUUCGCCGACAGGAUGUAGCAAUAUGCUCCUCUUCCUGCUUUAAUUGGAGCGUCAAAGGUCACCGCCUGAAUCCGGCCUGCAAGGUGUCGGAGAGAAGCGGGCAGCAAUGAUCCGCCACUGAGCCGCAGCAAGUGAGCGCCGGAUGAUUAUGUCACUGUCGAGCAGACAAAUCAGACCACUGAAGUCCCACGUGUACCGUCUCAGAAUGAAGUGCCCUCCUUUCUCUGCUGAACUAGUUUCACAUCCUCAAGCUGGAGUUAGAAGUCGCCCCUUCUAACCAGAGCUGGGGUCAGCGGUUAGAAUGCGAGUGCACAAGUAACUGCCCGUGUUCCCUGGCGGCAGCAUUGGCCCGAGCGACGGCCGAGAGCGUCCUGAAGAGCGACCUCUCCAUCCACCACCUCAUCAAGGCUCAUGAAGACGGAUCUGACCCACUACCACAGAUCGAGGCGGUCAAGCUGGCCCGGCUGACCUUCAACAGACUGGCAGAGACCUGCAGCGCGUGGUUAAAGGAGCUGCCGUACCGGCGCCGCCCGCAGCCCUACUACGAGACCUCCAUCCACGCCAUCAAGAACAUGCGCCGCAAGAUGGAGGACAAGCACGUGAUCAUCCCCGACUUCAACACGCUCUUCAACAUUCAGGACCAGGAGGACCAGGCUUUCUUCGCUGUGUUUGACGGACACGGAGGGGUGGACGCCGCCAUCUACGCCGCCAACCACCUGCACGUCAACAUGGUGCGGCAGGAGUCCUUCAGCCAGGACCCUGGGGAGGCCCUGUGCCGCGCCUUCAAACUCACCGACGAGCACUUUGUCAAGAAGGCGUCCAGAGAGAACCUUCGCUGUGGCACCACCGGCGUGGUGACGUUCCUGCGAGGCCGGACCUUGUACGUGGCCUGGCUGGGAGACUCUCAGGUCAUCCUGGUCCGGAGGGGGCAGGUGGUGGAGCUGAUGAAGCCUCACAAACCCGACAGAGAGGACGAGAAGCAGCGGAUUGAGGCGCUCGGAGGUUGUGUCAUCUGGUUUGGGACGUGGAGAGUCAACGGCAGCUUGUCGGUGUCCCGGGCCAUAGGCGACUCGGAGCACAAGCCCUACAUCUGUGGCGACGCGGACCAGAACGUCUUCCCUCUGGACGGGUCGGAGGACUACCUGAUCCUGGCCUGCGACGGCUUCUGGGACACUGUGAGUCCAGACGAGGCGGUGCGGGUGGUGACCGACCACCUCCAGGAGAACGCGGGCGACACCAGCAUGGUGGCCCACAAGCUGGUGGCGUCGGCCCGUGACGCGGGUUCCAGCGAUAACAUCACGGUGAUCGUGGUCUUCCUGCGGGACCCCCGCUGCCCGCCCCCCAACAACGCCGAGGAGGAGGAGGAAGGGGCGGCGGAGGGCGAGGUGGAGGAGCAGCCGGUAGCGGAGGUGGAGGAGGAGGAGCAGGAAGAGGAGGAGGAAGAGGAGGAGGAGGAGGAGGAGGACGUGGUGAGGGUGGAGCGUGAGGGCGGCGAGGGAGGCAGCACGGCGGACGUGGGCGCCAAGAGCCGCGGCGGGUGGCCCCUGCAGCAGUGCUCCGCCCCCGCUGACCUCGCCUACGAGGACCGAACGGACUCCUUCACGGACAGAACCAGCCUCAGCCUUCUGGGCCCGUCUCUCGAGGGCCGCAUAUCCCUGACCUCAUGGCAGCGCAGCGCCCCCUACAGCCCGCUCAGCCGCAGGGAGGAAGCCCUGGCGCGGCGCCGGCCCCGCCUCAGGUUCCACCAGUCCAGCAUCACUAGCUUUACGGACCCACUGUGGCCCCAGGCGGCCGCCUUGUUACGUCAGGCCGCGAGCAGAACCCGCACGCCCGGCUCUGGGAGACACCGGAGAGCUCAGUGGCCCGGGAGGUCCCGGGAGCUGCCCUGGCCCCGCUCCCCCGACCGCCUGGCCUGGAGACCUGAGGUGCCCGGACCUCGACUGCCCCGACACGGCCCCUUCUGAAGAGGCGACCCCAAACAGCCAUCAUCAUCAUCCAGCCCCGCCCUCCCCGCCCCACCCCACCCCGCCCCGCCCACCACACCCCAGGCCUUCAGUGAACCCACCAUGCCUUCAACACGUCUCUAUCUUCUCAGAAGGACCACAUCAUGGGUCUGACCGCUGAGGAAGACCAUCUCAGUUUCUGAAGCUCCGCCCACUUCGCUCCGUGGUGACGGACGUUCCUUUGGUUCCGGUGUUGGUCUCGGUAAUCCCGAGGAGCGACACUCUGGAAGGACAGAACGUGGCGUCCUGACCCCGGCGCUGCCACGCUGACCCGCCAUUAUCCUCCAGCGCUUGUCCCCACAUCACAUCACAGCACUUAACACUGGAUUAGAGCUGCAGAAGAGCCGAGUCGGCGCCGGCGCCUCCGCUGUAGUUACUCUGCAAGUGGUCAGUCAAGAGCCCGGCAAGGCUGCGUCCAGGACUCUCUGGUCGCUGCUCAGGCUGGACUCCUCGACCACGUAGCUCUCACGCUAAAGCUAAAGUCAGUUCAGGAUCAAAUGGCCAACUUGGCGGUGACUCGGCAGCCACUUCCUCUAACAUGCUGCAAAUGCUAAUGCUAACUAAGCUAAGAGAUCAAAUGAGUUCCAUCUGUUACUCAAAACUUUGCCCAAAUAUUCCGACGUUCAUUACUUUCUAAUUACAUUCGUCACUGAACAAUCCAUUAUCACGAAGAAGUAUUGUCAUUUCUACGUAUAUAUCUAUCUCUUAAUGUCGUGAUAAAUACUCGAUUAUCGUACCAAUUACACCCACGAGCGUGAUGAAUUUGAAAAACAAUAUUUUCUGUGUUUGUUCGAGAAGAAAUGUUUCUUUUUAUGUCCCCCCCGAGUUCCCAACCCAAAAUGAUGCUAACAAUGCUAACACUGCUAACAUUGAUGUGCGUGAUUCACUGACGUAUCGUGGAAUUACUUUGAGAACAAAAGCAGCAAUAACAAGCUUUCACUCGCGCGUCACAAAGGGAAGGCUAACCAUUAGCAUACGCUACUGAAAUCAAACAUACCUCAUUACCAGUCAACCAAGAAAAGAAACGCCUCAGACCAGGGCUAGCCACGUGCUAUUGACCUGGCUAACUGGACCACAGCAGGAGAGAGAAAAUGCUAGCUUCCGCCUGUUGGCAUAUAUAGCAUCCUCGACCCAGUUUUCUCCAGCGCCUGCCAUUCAAACAGCAGAUUGUUCCGAAUGUUUGCGGUCAACUCCAGCUGCUGCUCCCUGACGACAUGUUCGAGGAAUGUAAUGCCCCCUGGAGGUGCAGCUCAGUAUCGCGCGCACGUGGCCUCCGUCCUUCCCAGAUCUCACGCAAACUUUCCACCAACAAAAGUGACAGACGCGUGUACAUACGAGGUCCGGCGACCUCUGGAUGACCCCGGGACGCGCCAUCAUCCCGCCUCCUCAGCUUCAACUCUACAUCAGCCUUAAACGACUUUUUGCCAAUUUCCAUCGUGGCGGGUUUUUCUCCGCAGCCAGCGGGUGGAGGGGAAAUCUUGCUAUAUUAAUGUUGUUGUUUCUCAGCGGAAGUCUCACACACACACCUACGACGCUAGCACGACAUUAGCGCUUUUAAGCUGCAGCUAAAACGCAACCUCAGCACAUAUUUUUCCAAAGAUUCCUGAAUGUCAAGACGCCACGUCUUCUGAAUCAAAAUGGACUCCGUGAAGCUUUAAGACAACAGAAGGGACUUUGUUCACGCUAGUUAGCUUUAAUGCUAACUAGGCUCUGUCUAAACAAAAACAAGAGAUUUACAAAAGCCGUUCAGAGUAGCUCAGCCACUAAACUGUCCUAAGAAUUAGGUGAUUUAGAAAUGACUUUUUUUUUUUUUUUACUUGCAGCUAACAUGCUAACUGAAACGCCAAACUCUUCAUACAGCGCGCCCAAAUGUUUCACGAUGAAGACUGGACUUUUCUCACGUCCAAGCGCGGUCUAACGGCCGAUGCUAGUGAAUGCUAGCGGUCGCUCGGCAGGUCCCCAAGCGUUAAUAAAACAAGAUUGUGUGUUCGGUCCUCUGAAGGCGUGUUUGUUCUGCGACACAUUUGUGAGCUUUAAAGGUCACCUGUAACUCACCGUUGAUUUCUUAGCCUCACUGAUGUUUUCUGGCGCCACCGGCCGAGCCCGGGGGUCCCGCCGCCUCCGGCCGCCCGUUCACACGUGACCGUACGAGCAAUAAGUAGAAGCAUUUCCAGGCUCGCUCGCUCGCUCGCUCUCAGCACCUCUCUCACCCGACCAGCUGGGGGCGCUCUCCCUUUAGGACCCUCCAUGAUUCUGCACUGUGUGGUCACACGGAAGCUUUGUUUUCUCUCUGUAAGCAAUAAUGCGGUUGCGUUUCAAGCCUCCCUGCCGGUUUGUCUUCUGAAGGACGGGUCCCGCCAGCCAUACUCGGGCGCGGGGUCGUGACCCCACCGUGGGAGGAAAGAGGCGGGACUCCGUGGCUCAGGUCAGAGACACGGGGACAAACGGCAGGACUGACGUGCAGGUUAGGUUCAAUUCUGUGUAUCUGUGUUCCUCCAGUAUAUAAACACGUGUCAUGUAACUGGUGAAUAUUAUCAUGUAUAUAAAGUCUAGAACGACUUCACGUCUCGUGUCUUUGUUCAACUCUGACUGGUGUUGACACGUCAGUGCUCAUGCUGCGGCUAAGCACCAGUCUCUGGGGAACACCUGGCCGCCCGGACGGGACAGUAGAGGUGAGCUGAAGCAAAGUUCCUCUGGAAAACCUCCUGUCCAUCAAACAAGAGACACGCCCCCAGAGGAAGUAGCGCCUCAAGCUUUGAGGCCCAAGUCCAAAUUGGUCGUAAUGACAGGUCUUUGUUAGGGUUCCCCCACUGAGCACCGUCUGCCUGACUCACGUGCACCAGCAGGGAAAGAGUCAAGGAUUACUCCAUUGGCGGAGACCGAUGGACAGAUCUGCGAGGUCACAUGACCCGGUGGUCACAUGACCGCCACUUCCAGUGCGACGAAUGGUAAAGUGAACAAUCUGUUCCAGACACAAAGCCGAGGCGACGCUCCUGACCUCCGUCUGGAACGUGAUGGGAGCGGCUCGUGACAGAAGGGUCACCAGAGGUCGG